AUGAACAAAUACGAGUUAGAGAAUGUAUUUGGUGUUUUUAACACGUCUGGGAACAUGUGUUUCUCCUCUGACAGUACGACGUUGUACAGUUGUUCUGGCAAUCGAAUUCAUGUGACCAACUUACUGACAAACACGAACUCGACAUUUUCAAGUGAAGCAAGGAACAAAAUCCGACUGUUAGCUGUGGACAGCCACGACACGAUGAUAGUUGCCGUCUUACAAUCAAGGGAGGUCGAACUCUUUUCACUUGCAACACGAAACCAUUUGACAACAUUCGAAUCGAUUUUUUUGAUCACUUGUGUCAAGUUUUCCCCCAAAUUUCCACUUCUAGCCGUCGGGUAUGAAGGCAAAAUAGAAAUCUGGCGAAUGCCAAUUCUGUCCCAAUCAACAAGCCUUCAGCCCGAGUUACAGUCGGUGACUACUUUCCCACUGGAAAAGGUUGUUUCGAUACAAUGGAUGAAGCACAAAGUGAUCUUUAUGACGGAGAGUAAUAACGUCUUUAUGACCGACUGUAAGGGUUCUGAGCCAGUUAGAGUAGCCGACUGGAGCUUCCCUGUAGUGUGUUCUUCACUGAAUGAAAACACGUUGACUUUAGUGAGUAGUGCUGGUGCGUUACAGACCUUUGAAUAUGAUGCCAACACUAAGACCUUUGAAGCAAAGUCCAAAUUUGCUGUUGGAGAAGUGCAGAAGAAGAUUCAAAGUGGGGACAUCGGGCAAGAGUACGCCGUCUUUAAUGUCGAAGGGGAGGUUAUCUUAUAUGAGACCACUUCAUAUACAAAAGUGCAUGCGUACAAGACAGACACGGUAACUGGCGAAACGAAGUUGUCACCAAGUGGACUGUUAGUAGCUGUUGGUGAUCCAAAAACGAAUUAUUUGACUGUCUACGAGUGGAAAACAGAGACUUACUUGAUGAAAGCGAUAGGCCAUCAAGCGAAAAUCUUGUGCCACACUAUAUCUCCAAAUGGACAGUUCAUUGCUACUGGGGACCGUAGUGGAGCUAUCAAUGUCUGGAAUAUCGGCACUGGGGAGAAUGUUGCGCAUCUUAAUAUGCGCUUAGAUGGGGAUAUAGGUCUCGACUGUGCUGUUCAUUCCAUGGUCUUUUCGCCCAACAGUUUGUCGUUGAUAAGUGUAGGUGGGAAUGGCAAGAUCUGUGUCUUUGAUAUGGUCAAAAAGAAGUGUUACAGAGUGUUACAAGCCAAGUGCCACGAAUUGAAUGGCGUUGUAGUUGAGCCUCGAGACGGGGAUAUCAUAGCAGCAUAUAGUAGUGAAGAUAUGGUGGUGUUCUUGUACUCCGUUCGUACUAGUAAGAACCUCGACGAACUUCGUGGACACAGUGGUCCAAUAACAGACAUGUGUAUUCAUCCGGUGACUUCAGAACUGAUGACCACGUCAUGGGAUAAGACUGCUCGAUGUGUCAAUUUCUUAUCAAAUAGCAGUAUUGAGAUUAUCGACCACCCUGCCGAGGUUAUGGCGUGUUCGGUGAAUCAGUCCGGCAGUUUAUACAUCACGUCAUGCCGUGACGGGUAUCUCUAUUUGUACGACUGUGAAGAGAAGAGUCAAGUUGGGUUGUUGUCGUGUCGAAAUGAUUUGGUUGGUGGUGUUAAAUUAGCUGCACUAGCUAAUGGAGCCACUAUGAAUGAAGGGACAUCAUACAAUUCGACACAGAAAAUGGUAGUGAAAGAGAAGUAUGCGGGGACUGUGAAGUUCUUGAGUGACAAUGAUGAGAUGGUAGUCAUCGGUGGGAAUAGUAAAUUUAUAGUAUAUUAUAAUAUAGUAUCGAAGGUGAUGAUAUACAAGACGAAAAUCACUGAAGACAUGUCGUACAUUAACAUGUACGACUCGAUUCGAAACAAAAUGCUGAGGGUUGUUGCGGCUCACUCUACGAAGAAAGAGAUCUACACGGAAAGUAUUAGUGUGUCUCCAGCUGGAAAGACUAUGGCUAUAUUGACUGAUGCUGGUGUCCAAAUGUAUACUUCAGGGAAACACGCGUUCCAACCAUAUUGCUUGACGGAAGCAAUCACGCCUGAAGCUGCUCUCCAAUAUUUGGAAGAGAAACAAUAUCUGAUGGCUUUUGUGUUUGCACUCCACUUGAACGAUGAGGGUCUCAUCAAGACUAUUUUUAGAACAAUGCCCUCUGAAAAGUUCCCAGGGGUCGCCGCACACUUACCAAUCGCUUUGAUGCCAAUCGCACUCCAGAUGCUCCAAAAGGAAUUGAACGGGUUACUCGUCCAUCGUGCAAUCUACUUCACUGCACUCUUACUCCAAUUCCACGCUUCAAAUUUACUCAAACCAAGUACAUCUCUCUCACAAACGGCUAUCCCAUCGUCGUUCGAGUAUUUGCCACACUUAAGAACCUUGUUCAAAUCUAUUGGGUCUUCCUACAAGGCGGUUUCCUCUCAGAGUCAACAGACACUCGCGCUCGUCAAUAUGUGUUUGAACAUGCCACACUUCUUAAAAGAGUCUGAGAAGAAAGAAGAAAUCAAAAUGGAAGAUAUUGAAAUUGUCCCGGGCAACAUUGAAAUGAAAACAUCUUCAGAGAAUACUAGUGAGUCGAGUAGCGAAGAGAAUGUGUCCACCCAAAUGGAAGUUGAGUCCGGCAAUAGUUCCGAAAACGACUCAAAACAUUCCGAAGAUGAAAGUCAGAGUACCUCCAGCAACAAGAUGGACGAGUCCGACUAA